UCCUUAUUCCAGCCACCAAUUACCCCUCAAUCUGUACCCUCGCAUAGGAGGCGUCACGUCGAUCUUUUAGGCCUUGGGUAAUUGCGAGAUCAAGGGCAACGAGCAGCGCGAACAGCAACGACUACAGCCAAGAGUCGACAUUUUUAGCUAUUGUUGAUUUCUCACAUGCUCACCGCCGAGCCAGGGGAUUUUCCUCCCUGGCUUCAUUCAUUAAUGGCUGUCAACCAGACGUAUGAUUGAACCCAAUUCUUGUUUCCUUCUCACAUCAAUUUGCAGUACUAGCUAGCACCCGGUUUGCUUUUUCUGACUUUUCGUCACAAUAAUUCCUAUCACGUAUAGUAUAUAUAUAUAUAUAUCAGUAUAUACCUGUCUUCUACUUCCCACGUUCUCAUAAUAGUCGUCUCGACUCAACCACCCUCCUUUUUGACCGUCAUCCUCCCUCCUACCUCGUCAUCGAAGCUAAGGAGGAAUCGACAAGCGACGAAUACAGUUGGCUGACUGAUCUAACUACGCAAAGUCUGGACAAUCUUUUUUUUUUCGGUCUGCAACAAUUCUGUUUGCCAAGGUGUCUCUCGACUAGUACCCCGCUAAUAGAUUGUCCGUCCCUUUCAAGACAGCAAUGUACGCUUCAACAUCUAAACAGAUAGACCAGCCUGCUCAGUUGUUCCAACAUUCCAGAGCAGAAGCUCCUGUCUCUUCCACUCAUUCGCAACAUUAUUGCAUGCCCCCCAGCCAGACAGUGUUCCGUUCCAUCGCCGUUCCCCCAUCCCCUUCAUUUUCCCUUUCACCCGAAGUACAACAUACUCCAGCACAUCAUAGCUAUCCUCCGUCAUUUUUGCCUUCUCGGUCGUCAUACCUCUCAGACUCUCCUCCUAUGAUCCACUACGGGAUUAAUUCCCCUAUUAUCGGACGCUAUCCAGAAUCCGAAUCGUCACCUAGGGUCAGUUCUCGAGCUCGUGAUUCAUAUGUUACCGUGCACCGGUGGGGUCCGGUCCAGGGCAUUUCUGGGUCACAAAUCACCGUUAGAUGUGACAUUGAGAUGGCUUUUCUUUCAAGACCUGGUCGGUCAGCGACACCUCUGUCAGUCAAUGGUCCCGGCCAAAUGACCAAGGCACUGCGAGUGGUAUUUGGAAGCUAUCCAGUACUAACGAAGGUAGAAAAUUUGAAAGAAGGCACAGAGCGAAAUGCCUGCUUUUUGCAAGUGACGGUUCCAGACUGGUCUUUGACCGGUGCUGUAUCAGACGGUAUGGGAGAGGUCAGAAUAGUACCCGUUUCUUUGCAGGUUCUAGCCGAUAAUACCAACGUCCUUGAAACCGUGUCUCUUGGCCAUUUCGUUUACGUUGAAGGCAUCACUCGGAAACGUAAUGGAGACCAUCUCGAGACAACAAGACACACUUCCCCAAAUCGUGUCAUUCAACGCCGCGCAGUGUCAGGCCCUGUCUCGACUUCAGAACUUCAGUCAUACUCCUCGCCUCAGCACCUGAUGUACGGUCGCCCAUUAGCGGUUAGACAUAUCAGUGAAUCGCAUGUACCCUCAAUCCAGAAAACCUACGCCCAGUCCCCUCCAGUACCAGUCUCUCAAACAUCGAUGCUUCCUCCCAACACAUCGAACACAGCGGUUUUCCACUUACAACCCAGCUUAAUGCGAUCAUCCCACGUUGUUGGCGGAAUUCCCGCCCAGCCAACAUCCACGACAUUGAUCAACACCGGCCACAAGGCCGCACUGAGUAUCGCCGGAGAUCUGAGCGCAGUGGGCAAGGGAUGGACAACUGAAGAAUGGCAUACCCGCCGCCGCUUGGUUCAAUUCUGGCGGCGCCAAGAGGGGGCUACAAUACACACUCAGUUCCGUGUGAUCUCUCAAUCAGAAUGGUCUGCUAGCCAAUCGUCCAUUGUCGUCUCCUGUGUGUUUUGGGACGAAAAAAACAGCUGCUACAUUACCUCUGUCGACAUCAUAUAUCUCCUUGAGGCACUUGUCGGCACCCACUUCACUGUGGAAGAGAAGAAUCGUAUUAGGCGAAAUCUAGAGGGCUUCAAGCCCAUUACUGUCGACAAGAGUAAACCAGAUACAGAGAAUUUCUUCGGGCAAAUAAUGAAUCUUCCCAAUCCAAGACCGAGGAAUAUUGAAAAGAAUGUCAAAGUGUACGCCUGGAAUUGCCUUGAGGCGGCAUUGCAAAAAAUCAUCGGUAAAUAUUCCGCAAGCUUCCCUACCACUCAGUCCAGCUCGGUGGAACCUAUAAUCACGCCAUGUCCCCCCAGCACUUCAAUUUCCAUACCUUCGAAUGGUUUACCAACUCCCAGUUCUAUUUCCGAGUUCGGCUCUCCUCUCAGAUCCUACAACGAUUUGCCCAACCCUCUUUCCGCCACGCCCGCUCAGCACACAUACCGUGGAAUGCCUCCGCCUCUUACAUCUCGGUCAAGCGAUGAGUCAUUCUAUGGCGCUCAACAAUUAAAUCCCAGGCAGCCGCCCAGCACGAGAACAAGCAGUUCAUCGUCCGUCAUCCAGAUCACGACUCCUGCUCAGCCUUUCAUCUCUCGGACGACGAGCUCCCCGAGCUCCAUAUAUUCAUCCAAUUUUGCGGUGUCUACUGCCCGUGUGACUCAGAAAGAUGAAAAGACGGAAGGGAACACUGAUAUGGGAUUGUAUUUCGACAUGCCACCUGUUUACUCCCAAGGUGUCAGCACAGCGGGCAACGCCAAUCUCUUGCAUUCUGGUCCAAUAACUCCUUCUCCGUCUCUUUCAGAAAUGUAUCCAGGGCCACUUCAUUAUGCCAGUCCUUCAAGUCAUAUCCAGUUCCAACCCCCCUACACUCCUACCGUGGCUCGCCCCGAGCAAAAGCAGGCCGCACAAUAUCACGAGAGUCUAAGGCAAAACCAUGAAGCUCGAAUGGUCUAUCCGAUGUAUCCUGCCAUCCAAGGACAAAGGGCAUGGGGGGAUGGAAACGAAGAUUAAAUUCCUUCGCACGGAAUUUUAGAACGACAACGAUCAGUGCACUAGAUAUAGGCAUGGACCUUGACGGUUUUUCAUUCCAUUCUCAUUGACCCUUUAAUGUUCCACCAUAAGACGCGCUUUUAUGUUUGUAUCAACCAGUAUUUCCAACGGGCUUUAUUACGUAUAUCAAGGCACUACAAUAUGUAGUAAUCUUUCGCUUUUUUAGUAAGGACUUUCCUACGUACUUCGUUCAAGACUACAUGACAAACACGUAUGAGGAUGGUGAGGACGACUGCGGCUUGUGUGUUCGAUUUGGGAUGUAAUUUAUAGGCUCUGUAACCAGCAGACAACAGCUGAGGAGGCAAGUUGCAUCUAGUAACAACAUCGAUCAUGCACAUUCUGGUGGUGGAUACGUACGUACUUUGCGGUGUUCUACGGCCUGGGGGCCGGAGGUUUUAACUUUCAGGCUGCUUUUAUGCCUCUUCGUUCGUCACCGACCGAACACUCAGCUACGAGUAGUACUCGGCCUUUAUUA